CACUGCCAUUCGUUUGUUCUAUCUUAGUGUUCUGUCUCGGUGCUCUCGAGGGAUAUUGGAGCUUUCUCUGCCCAUCGGUUCGAUCUCUACUCCGCUCGAUUCCGCAGUAUAUAUCGCAUCUCUGUCGGUGCCAUUGAUCCCUUGCGCGCCAGUCCUCCCAUCGCCUAUGCCUGCUGCCGAAGAAACCGUCCAGCGUGCUCGCCUGGUCCUGCGCUCGGCCAUAUCGCGCCUGCUCGUCGAUGCCGAUCCCGACAUGACCGCCAUCCUGCUCUCGGGCGGCCUCGACACCUCCAUCAUCGCCGAGGCUCCCUUGAUCGCCCCCGAUGGCACCGACCUCGGCCCCGUCUCCAUCAAGCACGCCAUCACCGUCUCGUGUGGCGAGGACGUCGCCAACAUCGGCCCACAGCACGAUCUGCCCUAUGCCGUCCGGAUCUGCGAGGCCCGCGGAUUCACCCACCACAUCCUCUCGGUCCCCAACCCGCGCGAGCAGCUCAUGGACCCGGCCAAGCCCAAUGCGCCCAUCGUCUAUGCCAUUCAGACCCUGCAGAGCUUUGAUCCCAUGGAGAUGCGCGGCGGCGUCGCCGUCACCCAUGCCCUCCAGUAUGCCGCCUCCCUGGGCAUCAAGACCGUCGUCACCGGCGACGGCGCCGACGAGCUGUUUGCAGGCUACUCCUUCCUGACCUCCCUCUCGGCCUCACGCCUGAAAAAGUGGCUCUUGCGCAUCGUCGGCCACUUCAGCUUCAGCGCCGUCCCGCUCGCCGCCGGCCUUGGCAUGCGCGUGAUCCAGCCCUUCCUCGACCCGGCCGUCGUCGAGUUUGCCCUGUCCUGCACCAAGGACGAUCUCGUUGGCCCCGACCCGGCCGACCCGUCGCUGCUCCACGGCAAGUUUGUCCUGCGCGAGGCCUUCCCAGAGGCCCACUCGCGCUGGCGACGCAAGGUCCCGCUCGAGACCGGCGCCGGCACCACCCCCGUGGGCAAGGAGUAUGCCGCCCUGGGCACCAGCGAGGACCUGCAGCUGGCCCUCGACCGGGUCUAUGCCGACGACGGCAUCGUCCUGCGCGACCGCGAGCAUCUGCACUACUUUUCCGUCUUUGAGGGCAUCUUCCGCGCCGCCGAUGCCGAGCCCUGUGCUGCAUUCGAGCUCCAGGCCCCGCCUCCCGCAGACCCUGCCGAUGCCACCGGCCCGCUUGCCAACCGCAAGUUUGCCCACACAGGCCGCCUGCGUUCGGUCUGGUCCUGCCGAGCACCGCGAUUUGGCUCGGAUCCCUGUGUGCAGUGUGGCUUCCAGCUCGAUCGACUUGAUCAGUACUUUUGCAAGACCUGCGGAGCAUGGCCCGCUCGGCCGUCGGGUCCGCCCAAGGAGGAAGACGACUGAGCGACUUCAUCCUAUCCGAUCCGCCACUCUCUGAAUGAGAACUCCCUUGCGCUGAGUAUCUGGCAAUCAUCACCGCAGUUGCCCUGUGGAAUACAGAUUUCUCUCCUGCCGUGGCA